UAUAGCUAGCUGCCUAUAUAUACGGUGAUAUGCAGACGCAGGUAGCAGCAUCAUAUCAGCAACGAGCAGAUCGAUCGAAGAGGAUAGAUAGGUAGAUAGAAAUAAUGGCGGGAGGAGGGGUGUGGGUGUUCAGGAACAACGGGGUGAUGGAGCUGGAGGAGCAGGCGACGAGCAGGAAGGCGCUGGUGCAUGUGGCGACGAGCGAGGUGAUCCGGUCGACGGAGGCGCUGGAGCGGAGGCUGGGGGCGCUGGGGUGGGAGCGCUACUACGAGGACCGCGCCACCCUGCAGCUCCACAGGCGCGACGGCAGCGCCGACCUCAUCUCCAUCCCCCGCGACUUCUCCCGCUUCCGCUCCACCCACAUGUACGACGUCGUCGUCAAGAACCGCGACCACUUCAAGGUCGUCGACCUCCACACCUAGAUUUAUCACUUAUUACAUAUUAAUGCAAAAACCAUAUAUAUAUAUAUAUAUAUAUAUAUAUAUAUAUAUAUAUAUAUAUAUAUAUAUAUAUAUAUAUAUAUAUAUAUAUAUAUAUAUAUAUAUAUUGCUUUGCUUAAUUUGGUGUGGUGUGGUUUGGUUUGGUUUGGUUUAAUCUCUGCAUACAUACAUAAUCAUGCAGAUGGCGUAAUGCAUGCAUGUACGAUCACUGGUAAUGUAAUGUAUAUAAGUGUGUAAUGUGCACUGUGUGAUUGAUAUAUAUGUAUAUGAUUGUAAAAUCAAAUGUUCAAUAUAUAUCUAUACUAGAAAAAAAAUAUCCGUAAGUUACAAUGGGUGAAGCU